AUGGAGACACUAUGUGAGGUCUGCGAGUCACUGGGUUACAAAAGAGCCACACCCAUCCAGGCGCUCUCCAUUCCCCUGGCAUUGGCAGGUCGUGAUUUGAUCGGCCUCGCAGAGACUGGCAGCGGCAAAACGGCAGCGUUUGUGCUUCCGAUAUUGCAGAAAUUGAUGGAAAAACCACAACCUUUACACUCCCUAAUACUUGCGCCCACCCGAGAACUCGCACUACAGAUCUCUCAAGUCGUCGAAGGCUUGGGCGCCUUGAUCGCCGUCCGGUGUACAUUAUUGAUCGGGGGAACCGACAAUAUCUCGCAGGCUAUCGCAUUGGGAAAGAAGCCGCAUGUUGUGGUUGCAACUCCUGGACGUCUCCUUGACCAUCUGGAAAAUACAAAAGGGUUCUCCCUGCGACAUUUACAAAUCCUCGUCCUAGACGAAGCCGAUAGACUGUUAGACCUAGACUUUGACCCGAUCUUAGACAAAAUCUUAAAGAGAUUGCCAAAAAGAACCACAUACUUAUUUUCUGCAACCAUGUCCAGGAAAGUUGAAACGCUCCAGCGGGCAGCUUUAUCGAAUCCUGUGCGUGUCUCGGCAGCUACAAAACGUCAAACCGUCUCGACUCUCCUACAGUCGUAUAUCUUCGUUCCUCUCAAGCACAAAGAUGUUUAUCUCGUUCAUUUCUUAACAGAAAGAACAGGGCAGACGGUGAUCAUCUUUACUAGGACCGUGCAUGAAAACCAGAGGGUAUCUAUCAUGCUGAGAGCCCUAGGUUUUUCUGCAAUCCCUAUUCAUGGCCAAUUGUCACAGAGUGUACGACUGGCAUCGUUGAAUAAGUUUAGUGCGAAGUCUCGAAAUAUACUUGUAGCCACAGACGUGGCAGCUCGCGGACUCGAUAUACCCUUGGUGGAUCUUGUUGUCAAUUACGAUUUGCCCGGUGACAGUAAGACUUAUAUACAUCGGAUCGGCAGAACAGCCCGUGCUGGUAGAAGUGGUGUUGCGGUUUCCUUCGUUUCACAGUACGAUAUUGAACUGUGGCUCCGUAUAGAGGGAGCUCUGGGCAAAAAAGUAGACGAACAUGAGAUAUCGAAAGACGAGGUCAUGGUCUUGGCGGAACGAGUAGGGGAUGCCCAACAACUUGCGGCGCGUGAAAUGAGGGACCUCCAAGAUAAAAGGGGUAAUUCAAUCUCCUCACGACGCAAUAAGAACGGCAAACGAGGCAGGGAAGACAUGGAUCAGGAAGAAGGCUAG